AGGUUAGUGGUUCGUCAGUGUGCAGAGCGGGUAGAAGGAAGAUUAAAGAUUGGUGAUGGUGUCGUGUUACACGAUCGAGAUGCUCCUGGUUUGUUGGACAAAUUAGAUACAAUUGAGGAAUAUCUCAAAGAGAAAUCAGACUCAUAUCAGGAUAGCAUCGAAGAGAAUAGCGAUAAAAGAGCAUCAUUUGCACCGUGGGGUGGAAAACGUGCUUCGUUUGCGCCAUGGGGAGGGAAACGCGCUUCAUUUGCUCCUUGGGGUGGAAAACGAGCUUCAUUCGCCCCUUGGGGUGGAAAACGAGCUUCAUUUGCUCCUUGGGGUGGCAAAAGGAAUGAUGAAUCUUUGACAGACGAAGAGAAAAGAGCUUCAUUCGCUCCUUGGGGCGGAAAACGAGCUUCAUUUGCUCCUUGGGGUGGAAAACGAGCUUCGUUCGCUCCUUGGGGUGGAAAACGAGCUUCGUUUGCUCCAUGGGGUGGCAAAAGAGCUUCGUUUGCUCCAUGGGGAGGCAAGAGAGCGGAUAACAGUGAAACCGAAAAUGAUAAAAGGGCAGCAUUUGCUCCGUGGGGAGGCAAACGCACAAGUGAUGUUUCUGAGAGUGAACUAGAAGAAGAGAAAAGAGCGUCAUUCGCGCCUUGGGGUGGAAAGCGGGCUGCUUUUGCACCAUGGGGCGGCAAGAGAGCAUCAUUCGCACCAUGGGGAGGGAAACGAAGUGCAGAUAACACCGUUGAGGAAGAUGACGAUAUCAAAAGAGCAGCGUUUGCGCCAUGGGGUGGAAAACGAGCAUCGUUCGCCCCGUGGGGAGGCAAACGCGCAUCUAAACGAUCUCUAAUCCAAAAAACCCGAUGCAAGUAUUUGGCAAUUGUUAGCUGCUGGUUAAUUAGUACACACGUUCACACUGAACGGUUUCCCCGGAGAAAGGAAGAUCCAAGCCAUUGGAAUCCCCGGGGCUGGGACGAUACAAGCCUAUAG